GGUCUAAUAUACUGUGAACUUGGUCUAGUGAACCAGUAAACAAUAACAUUAUAAUAACGUCCAAUAUUCAAUCCAGAAAAAUGUGCUCUACGACGUUGAUGUUAAGUUCUAUUCAUUUUAAUUCUCUAUAGUAUGCACAAUCUUGUUGACUUUUGACUUACGCGAUUUGUUUCAGUUAUUACUUCAUCGCUAAACAUACAUUUUACAAAUACACUCGUGAUUUAGUUAUUCCAUAGCGUUCUCUAAGAAUGUAUUAUUUUAGAUCUUGUUAUUAAAUAAAAUAUGCAGUAGGUAAUAUAAAGUUUUUGAAAUAUUACUUGAGAUCGUGAUCACAUUGGAUACGAAGACUUAGAUAUGGCAAAUAGUUCACAUGAGACACAUGAACGAGUGUAUACGUUUGUUGAUGAAAAUCAGCAGAUAGAAGAAAAUUACAACUUUUGGCAGAAGGUUUGUCUAAGAUGUCAUCAACCUGAUUCAACACCGUCUUUGGAGCCUUUUUGGUGGCGAAAAGUUUUUCCUUUCCCGCUAUUUCCUACAUUUAGACAGAGCGCGCAGAAAAUAUGUAUAAUAAUUUUCUUCUUUUUGAUGUGGGGGAUCUUAUACGCCCAGCUAGGUAGCACAGUAAUAGGAAUUAACAGUGAACUUCUCAGCAUGACCCUGUUAGUUAUCGCCGCGUACUUAAUUGGUUGGAUUUGGAUGAAGGUUACAACACUUCCCGCAUUAAUAGCCAUGCUACUUACGGGAAUAAUCUUUCAAAAUCUUCAUCUAGUUCAAAUGACUGUAACUUAUCGACAGCUAAAUCAGGAUCUAAGGAAAAUAGCUCUUGUUAUCAUUCUUAUGAGAGCAGGACUAGGUUUGAAUGCAGAUAUCUUACGGAAACACUACAUAGCUGUCUUACAACUAGGACUACUACCGUGGCUGGUAGAAUGUAUUGCAAUCGCAGUUAUGUCGCAUUAUUUACUAUAUUUACCAUGGAUUUGGGCAUUUUUAUUAGGUUCAAUGAUAGCAUCCGUAUCGCCAGCAGUUGUUGUGCCAUGUUUGUUUCGGCUCAGAGAAGUUGGUUACGGAGUUUCCAAAGGCAUACCAACACUAUUGUUGGCUGCAGCAUCCAUUGAUGACUCUAUCAGUGUUGCUGUAUUUGCGAUAAUAUUGAAUGCCAUGUUUUCUCCUGGUUCAACGACAUUUAAUAUCAUCAAGGGACCCUUAUCCAUAAUAGCUGGUAUAGUUCUAGGAGGUUUGUGGGGAGCGUUAAUUUCUGUUAUUCCGGAAAGAGGAGAUGUUUAUCUUGUUCCCUUGAGAUUCUUAGCCUUAUUUUUGGGAGGUCUCUUUGCACUGUUUAUGUCAAGUAACAUCGAAUGGAGUGGCGCAGGGCCGUUGGCAAUUGUAUCGUCUGGUUUCGUUGCUGCAUAUUUUUGGGAGAAACAAGGCUGGCCAAUUAAUAAGAAUCCUGUUAGCAAUACCUUUAGAAUUUUAUGGAUAUUCUUCGAGCCCAUACUCUUUGCCUUCACUGGAGCUCAAGUCACGUUGAGUGCACUCGAUCCACGAGUUAUAUCAAGUGGUGUUAUUUGCCUAUUGUCAUGUCUAGCACUGAGAGUUAUUGCAACAUUCUUCGUUAGUUUUGGCUGCGGAUUAAACAAUAAAGAGAAACUUUUUAUUGGAUUGACUUGGAUGGCAAAAGCUACAGUUCAAGCAGCGUUAGGUCCCGCGGCUCUAGAUUUAGUGAACAUCGGAAAAACUGCAGGCGCUUCUAAAGUUGAAGAAACUGAAUAUGCAAAAGUUAUACUAGCCAUCAGUGUUCUAAGUGUUAUCAUAUCAGCUCCUGUUGGUGCCAUAUUGAUUGCAAUAACUGGACCAAGGCUGCUUAGCAAAGAAGCCCCCAAUAAAUUACAAGUUGUUGAAAUUGCAGACAGUGGAUUGAAAGACACAGUAGUAACAAACUUAUGAAAACUCACUUAGGUUAAGUUUAAGAAGUAAGUAGGUACUUAAUAUUGAAUGAUUUUUGUCAAAUUUACACGAGAAAUUAUUGUGAUACUUUAUUAACUUAUCUUCAAUCGUCGAAUGUUAGAAAUAAUUUAUAAAGAGAAAAUUAAAAAUACUUAUACUAAACUAUAUAAGUAAUGUUUGUACUUAAAAGUACUUAAUUACAAUAUAACCUCAAGAAUAUAUGAUAUAUUUCUAAUUGUAUUAUUUUACAAACUUAUUAUAAUAUAGUACAGACAUGUACAGACGUAAAGAAUCACAGAUUGUUACAUCCCUCGCCAAACUUUUUGGUGUCUCUGAAGUUAUUGCCGCGCGCAUCUAUCUGCGAAGUGAAUUUUGCAUUCGCUUCUUCGAGACCCUAUUUUUUGUUACUGCUCAAUAAUGUGCAGCAACUUCGGAGCGAACGAGAAGUUUGGCGAGACGUGUUCUCACAAAACACACAGCUAAUUAUAUAAAUUUAAUCUAGCCUUAAUGUACAAAGCAACACCUGUACCUAUUAUAGUUUUUUAGUGUGACUGUAUUUCUCGUAAAUUUUAAUAAAUCGUUUAUUCUAUA